ACGAGGAUAUAAGUCCCACACGGAAAGCACUGAGCUGAGGAGGCCACAGCCCCACCUGCAGAAGUCCAGCCCUUAGGACUCCUCUGGCCUUCCAUCUCCUGACCACUCUGCCUCUGGAGCUGUUGCUAUGAUGUCGGGGCGCAGAUCGUGGCCCGCCAUGGCCACAGUGCUACUGACCCUGCUCGUUUGCCUGGGGGAGCUGGUCGACGCCUACCCCGCCAAACCCCAGGCUCCCGGGGAACACGCCUCGCCAGAUGAGCUGAACCGCUACUACACCUCGCUGCGCCACUACCUCAACCUGGUCACUCGGCAACGGUUUGGGAAACGCGAUUUCUCAGAAGCUCUUCUCUCCUUACUGCUCUUUCCAGAUGGCGAGGACCGGCCGGUCAAGUCGCGGCCAGAAGGAGCCUACCUGUGGUGAAGACCCCCACGGCCUCCAGAGAGAGAUGUGCUAAGGCACCGACCCCAUUUCCAUGUUUGCUCCUGACCCCGGAGCCUGGAUUCCUCUCAGGGCUUGCUGUGUCUGAGGAGUGUUCGGGGUGGGGUCCUUAUUUCCAUUUUCUCCGUUUCCCCGCCCCUGGGCUGGAGGGCCGGAUGUGGUCCUUCCUUGAUCUCUAAAUAAAGUGCAAAUUUCACUGAAC